UCCUGUGAUACAAAUUCCUCUCAGCACCGUGUCCACACCCUGGAGUGAGCCAGAGGUCCGGCUGUAGCUCGGCCGCUGAGCCAGUCGCUGAUGCAAUCCGCAGCAGAGCGCUCCCGGCUCUCCAUCUUCCGCGAGUCCCGACCCUGAGCGCCACGUGUCACGCCGCACGAGCGCCUGCUCCAGAGGAGACUCACAUUUGCACUCAGGAGCUGGAACCGCGAGCAAUGAAGGACUGCAGUAAUGGAUGCUCCGCGCCGGUUGCUGGAGAAAGAGGACCAGAAGAAGUGGCAGAGACUUUUAGGGCCAAAGACCUCAUCAUCACACCAGCCACUGUCUUAAAAGAGAAGCCUGAUCCCAGCUCUCUGGUGUUUGGAGCUACGUUUACUGACCACAUGCUGACUGUGGAGUGGUCGUCCGCGUCUGGAUGGGGGAAACCUCACAUUAAGCCGUUUGAGAACUUGUCCAUACAUCCCGCUGCCUCCGUUUUGCACUAUGCCGUGGAACUGUUUGAAGGCUUGAAGGCUUUUCGGGGAGUUGAUAAUAAGAUCCGAUUGUUCCGGCCGGACCUCAACAUGAGUAGAAUGUGCCGCUCUGCUGCGAGGACCACGCUGCCGGUGUUUGACAAGGAGGAGCUCCUAGAAUGCAUUCUUCAGCUUAUCCAGAUAGACCAGGAGUGGGUCCCCUACUCCACCUCUGCCAGCCUCUACAUCCGACCCACGUUCAUCGGAACUGAGCCGUCUCUUGGAGUCAAGAAGCCUUCCAAAGCCCUGCUUUUUGUGAUCCUGAGCCCCGUGGGACCUUAUUUUUCUAGUGGAUCCUUUACUCCGGUGUCCCUGUGGGCCAAUCCAAAGUAUGUCAGAGCCUGGAAAGGUGGGACUGGAGACUGCAAGAUGGGCGGCAAUUACGGAGCCUCCCUUCUGGCGCAGUGCGAGGCUGUGGAGAACGGCUGUCAGCAGGUCCUGUGGCUGUACGGCGAGGACAACCAGAUAACUGAAGUAGGCACAAUGAAUCUUUUCCUCUACUGGAUAAACGAAGAUGGAGAGGAAGAGCUGGCAACCCCUCCACUAGAUGGCAUCAUUCUCCCGGGGGUGACGAGGCAGAGCAUCCUGGAACUGGCACAGCAGUGGGGCGAGUUUAAGGUAUGUGAGAGACACCUCACCAUGGACGGCCUGGCCACUGCCCUGGAGGGGAACAGAGUGAAGGAGAUGUUCGGCUCCGGGACAGCCUGCGUGGUCUGCCCAGUUUCGGAUAUUCUGUACCAGGGCCGGAUGCUGCACAUCCCAACGAUGGAGAAUGGCCCCAAGCUUGCGAGUCGCAUCCUUGGAAAGCUGACUGAUAUCCAGUAUGGCAAGGUCGAGAGCAACUGGACAAUCGAGUUACCCUGAUGGCAGAGCUCAGGGCAUCGGUGACGGGGUGCCACAGAAGACCGACUCCUGUCCUCCAGCUGGGACCACCUGUGACUAGCUUUGCACAUUGUAGUUGCGUUGUUCACGUGUUACCAAACGAGAAAAUUGCCAGUGUUACAUGUCACCUGUAAACAUGAUAGUAAUUGAUAACUGUACCUUUCCUAGGAAAGAUAUUAAUGAAUAAUGUCUCCCCUCACCCUGUACCAGAUCCUUAGUAGGAGAAUGGGUUUCCCAGCCAGUGAGGUGUCUGUGUUGGAAGGGCUGCUGGGGAAAUGUCACAGGUGGCCUUCCCUGACUCAUGGGCACCCCAGAGAGGCACUCUUUGUCACUUUUGCUGGUGAGGUUCUUUUAGUUUUUUUUUUGUUUGUUUGUUUUGGUUGUUUGUUUUUGUUUAUUUGUUUAUUUCUAAUUGGGGCUCCCGUAGUCCUACUGGCCUGGUACUGCCCAAUGCCCGUCCAGGGUUGGUCUCAGACACAGAGCAGCCUCCCUGUCCCACUCAGCCUUCUGGAUGCUGGGGUGAUUGACAGGUGCCCUGCCUUGACUUUAGUCUUUUUUUUUUUUUUCUUUCUUUCUUUUUUUUUUUUUUUUUUUUGCUUUAGUCUUUUAAUCAAAAGUUUGGUUACCUGGAUUUCUUUUCUCCAUGCUUCUGUAGGUCCCUGAGUCCACAUAAAGGUGCACAGGUGGCUCUGUCCCCUCUUGUUAUCGUAGUCUGCACUAAUCUCACUGAAGGUGUCUGAGGCCGUUGUCCACACUGUCCUUUUUACGUCACAAUAACUGGCUGCUCACUGUGCUGCUAUGAGACUAGGGGUCCUGUGCCUUCUAGAUCUUUGCAUCCUCAAAGCCCAGCACAUAGUAGGUAUUUUCAGUACAUGUUUACUAUAAGAAUGAACAUAGAAGUGUACUUUCUGUCUCUCCAUGCUGAAACCCUUUUGGAAGCCAUGCCUGAUAUGGGCAGCAUGUAGCAGUAUUUACCUCAGGCUGCAGAUCUUGUCCAUGGAGUCCUCCAGGCAGCAUGGUCAGUUGGAAGAACUGUCUUAUGUUUUCAGAUUAUCUUGGAAUUGAAGGAUUGUCCUGGAAAGAUGAGUACCAGCCACAUGGAAAUGACAGAUGCUCUACAUUAAGUGUUAAAUGCCAAAUAAAGGGGCAGGUCGGGAGAUAAA